UCGUGACUUCCGCGUGCCGCCAUGACAGCGAGUCCGGCACAUACGAGGGCUGAUCAUGUCGUCGACGAUCAAAGACAUCCGGUGUGGAUAGCUGCACUCUGCCCGAACGCUCACGCUACUGUGCAGAUGCUCGAGCCGCCGACUCCUGAAUUGUGGCACCAUGAUCCCGUUGCCAAACUUGCAGAAACGUUGUCAUGGCUGAGACUCUACAGACGCCACACGACUGCCACGCAUCCUUUCGCUUGUUGAACCGCAAGAGACGAACGUUUUCCAAAGCCUGCGUUGUGGCUGAUCGAUGCAAUCAAUGAUGGACCCGUCUUGCCGGCACGGGAGACGGGACUGCGAGCUAUGCACAAUCAUCCAGCUGCGAAGCAAGUACGAGCUCACAAUAGGAACGCCAAUACAUUGCCCCUGUGCAACGGAAGGCAUAUAUACUGCGGUCAUUGCCCACGAAUUCAUUCUCAUCAGCACCAGCACAGUCUUCACAACACUCCUUCCGCUUACCGCUUCACACUCGUCACAAUCACACUUGUACCAAACAUCACCCUCACAACUCAACCAAAAUGCAGUUCUUCCUCCUUGCUGUCGCCUCUAUGGCCAUCGCUACUCCUGUUGCCCUCAAGCGCGAGGCAGAGGCUGAAUCCAACACUGGCCUCGCAGCUCGCCAAUUCGAGGCCUAUGGUGGCUACUACCCACAGGGCCAGGGCCCCAACAUCUACAACGGCAACGGCAACGGAAACUCCGGUGAUGGCAAUGGCAACUCUGGCAGCGGAAACGGUAACUCUGGCAACAACUCUGGCAAUGGCAACGGCAACAACAUUGCUAUCGGCGGCGACGACGACAUCACCAACAACGAUGACGAUACCGUUGGAAACGACGACGGUGCCAUUGGCGGUGAUGAUGACAUUAUUGGAGGCGACGAUGGCAACAACGGUGGGGACGACGAUGCCGUUGUCACUCCAUUCGACGCAUGCACUGGCCUCUCCGACACUCCCCAGUGCUGCUCCACCGACGUUCUCGGCGUGGCCGACUUGGAUUGCGCUCCUGUCGAGGAGACAAUCACGUCCCGUGACAACUUCAUCGCUCAGUGCGCCGCACUUGGCCAGCGCGCCCGCUGCUGUGCCGUCCCUCUCCUCGGCCAGGGACUCAUCUGCACCGCCCCAACUGCUUAAACGAUCGAACACCAGUGACACGAUACGACAUCACGGACGAGGUCAAUUUAGCUUGGUCUCGAUGAUCGAUGACACGGAAGGCUGGAAUGGAAACGGACGCACACACGCAUGAAGAAAAGGAGUUGAUGAAAACACGAGUUUACUUGGAUGGAAGGGGACCUCAUUCUGCUUCGUCUUGGGAGGAUUUGGUGCUGCAUUCUUUGAGGUUUUAUUUUUUUGCUUGUCAUGUAAUGAUAGACUAUAGCUACGCU